AUGUGGUCAAAGUCAUUGCACUGCUUUGGAAUGGAUUUAAAAUCUGAAAGAAAAAGCGGAUUAGAACUGCGUGUGUAUUUGUGCGAUUGUGGUCAAGGCUUUGCCUGCAUCUUUACUAAAAAAGUAAAGUCAAGAGAUUGCGGAAUAAAAAUGCAUUAAAAUAAUGCGCGCCAAAUGUAUAUAUUUACCAGUCCCCGGUGACACGAAGAGACAACAUGACUUCACGCUUCUUGUUCGCACAAAUGGAAAACAAAUCGGUAAAUUGGCACAACUUCAGGAGUCUUUUUCUGAGGAAUGUCUAGGGUUAACAUGAAUCAUUGUCGUGAAGACAUACAGUAUAGGCUCAUUGCUGGAGGGACAUCAACGAUGAUGUCUCUGAUGUCCUCUAACGAACAGUUGAGGUCACUGUUCACCAACUAGCUUUCCCAAAAGCCACGAUCCUACUUCCUGUUCUUGUAACCAGGUGUACCUCAUGUUGUACUAUCAGAGACCAAGGUUUAUUUUAGACAGGCUUUGACCCAACAUAUUAUACCUACUAUUAUUGGAAUGUUUUUCAAAACAUUUUUUGACUUCAUAUUUCUUGACUGUUUUUCUUUCCAUGACAUUUGUUCUACCCAACAUAUUUUUUUUCCAAAACAUUUUGUUAACUAUUAUUUUGUUACUUUCCAUGACAUUUGUCAUUGACCUCAUUUUUUUUUAUUUCAGCUCUGAGCCUUAGAUUGGCUUAGUCUAAAAUGAAACUGUAUGCACAAAGAUGCAGAAAGAACAUUGGGAGGAAGGGAGCAUGUGUGUGUGUGUGCGUGUGUGUGUGUGUGUUUUCAGAGAACCAGAGGAGGGUGAAAGCAACGCAGAUUGACUACGAAAGAGAAGCUCAACUCGUUUUUCCCGUUUCUGCAUAUCUCAACAAGGUGGGACGUCUUUGUGGAUCUUAACCCAGUAUCAUACAACUCGGCGUGAGGAUUGGUCUCUGUGCCAUGAUUGAAACCAACGACCCUAAAAGAUGUCUACAUUGCCGCCUCCGGUGGCCCCUAGAAAGCAUUCAAGUGUCCGAGUCGGGUUAAAUCCUGGGGAGCAGCUUCCUCCUGGUGGUCUGAAAAGCAACACAAGCAUCUACAAAGAGAAACGUGCCAUUGAGAAGUCCAGCUAUACGUCCCGACUGAAUGCAGAGAGAGAAUUGGAGUCUAUGAACCACUGCUUUGACGAUGUGGAGCGAUUCAUGGCUCGCCUGCAGCAGACAGCCGAGGCCCAGAGCGUUCUCAAGCAGCGGACCAGCAAGAGAAACAAAAAGAGCAAGAGGAAGGACCAAGAUGAUAGUUUGUUGGCCCUGAAAGCUCACCCUCCAACAGAGAAUGAAUUUGUGGACCUCUUUCAGAAAAUCAAGUAUUCCCUCUGCCUGCUGGACCGCCUCAAGUCAUCCAUUGCAGAGCCUGAUGCACCAGAGCUGCUUCAUCACAUCUUUGUUCCUCUCAGCCUGAUGGUAAAAACGACUGGAGGGCCAGCGCUAGCAGCAUCAGUGGCCAGUCCUGCAAUGACCAUUGGUGCUGUAUCACUGCUCCAACGUCAUCUAAUCGCAGAGGAAAAGGAGCUGUGGACUUCAUUGGGGCCCUGCUGGACUUCAUCUCGUUCACACCUUAAUGUGUCCGUGCCUCCAUACUCGCCCGUCUUCAUAGACGGGUGGAAGCCUCAGGCCCGUGACUCAGCGGGCCAGCCCUUUGAAGAUCCCAUCGAGUCACAGCACAAACGAGACGCUUUCCAGGAAAGCAGGAAAGCAAAACUCGCACAGGAUCAAGUUCGACAGACAGCGCAGCAUCCGGGUGAAGGCAAGGGUGACGUAGCAGAAAAGGGGCUCCCCCCAGCGGAGGGCAGACUUUACUGCUGCACUUACGACUUUGUGGCCAGAAACAGCAGUGAACUAUCUGUGCUGCAAGGAGAAACCCUAGAGCACAUUAGCUCGUCAAACAAAUGGUGGAAGUGUCGAAAUCGCUUUGACCAGAUAGGAUUCGUGCCCUCGAAUAUCCUGGAGCCUCAGUCCGCUCUGAAUAACCGUGGGAGAAAGAGCCCGGUGGUGCGCAGGGAGUCAAAGAUUCCCAUCCCCACUCCGGCAAGGUACUCCUUAUAUGCUCCAUCAAGCUCAGAUGGGACCCGUUCUAAAGCCACGAUCCCACUGCGAUCGCAGAGCAUGCUUUUACCGUCAACACAGGGGCAAGACGGUAACCAAGUCAUGGUAGUGAACGAUGAGCUUCUUCGGCGGUUGGCGGUGAGAAGAGACUCCUUGCGCCCGCCGGUGGUCCCGCCCUCGGCCGACAUUACCCCCCUGAACUACCACUCGCCGCCCGCCGACGUGGAGGCCUGGCUGAACACCAAGGACUUCAGUCAACGGACGGUUCAGACACUGGCCGUCUUGAAUGGAGCGCAGCUUUUCGCGCUGCAGAAGGAGGAGCUGCGCGCGGUGGCACCGGAGGAAGGAGCCAGGGUCCACGGGCAGAUCACGGCGCAAAAGGCGCUUCUCGAGGACGUGCACAAAGCUACUGAACUGAAGACGGCGAUGGAGAAGCAAAACCUGAAGAUUGGCCUGAAAUCAUAAUAAUUUAGUGUGACGCAAUACUGAUCAAUGGAGCCACCGGUCGUGUAGCAUGUAGAGCUGUAUGCUCACUGAUCUUCCAGAUUGAUUUUAAUGUUUGAUCAUGUGUGCAGUUAUAUAUAGAUGCUCCAGAUUGUUCAACACAAUCAAGCCGUGGUACAAGUAAAGCUCACUCUCUGAUGGCUACAAUUUGACUUCAUAGAAGUGACACUGGGGGCAGCAAACUGAAGUCAUUUUUUCCAUUGAAUGAAGAAUAAAAAAAGCGACACUGAAGAUGCCAACAUGGAUUAAAUUUAAAUGUCACAUUAAUAGCAGGGAGAGGUGAAUCAUCACGUUACUUUAGGACAUUUAUUAACGGUAAAAGCACAUUUUAGAAUCAACAUUGACCAUUAACCAUUUCCAACCGAAGUUUAGAGCUCCACUCUCUUAUUUGAUUUAUUUAUUCUUUUAAACAGAGGUAGAAGGAUUACUUGACAAUUUCAUAAAUGUACCUAAAUCCCGUAGAACUGAAACAAUUUAAGUGAAAUAAUUACACAACAAACUCAUAGCACCAC